GAGAGAGAUAGAGAGCGAGAUCAAGAGGAAGGAAAGCAUAAUAGCAAAAUAAAGAGAAACCUAAGGAGCGAGGGAGAACGAGAGAAAGCACGGAGAGUAAGAGAGCGUGAGGGAGAGAGAGUGUGUGUGAGAGAGAAAGAGCCGGCUUUUUGGAAAAAGAUGGCUACAGUCACCGCGAACGGAUUGCAGCAGGAGAACGGAUUCAGCACCAUGAACAGCUCCAGCAGGAUGAACGGGCUGAGCAUGGGGCAGAGUACCAUUCCGAUGAAGGACCACGAUGCCAUCAAACUGUUCAUUGGGCAAAUCCCCAGGAACCUGGAGGAGAAAGACCUUAAACCGCUCUUUGAGGAAUUCGGCAAGAUCUAUGAGCUCACCGUGCUGAAAGACCGGUUCACGGGGAUGCACAAAGGAUGUGCCUUUCUAACAUAUUGUGCCAGAGAGUCGGCCCUGAAAGCUCAGAGCACCCUGCAUGAACAGAAGACUCUUCCUGGGAUGAACAGGCCCAUCCAGGUGAAGCCAGCAGACAGUGAGGGAAGAGGAGAAGACAGGAAGCUAUUUGUGGGCAUGCUGGGGAAGCAGCAGAGCGAAGAGGACGUGCGGAGACUGUUUGAGGCCUUCGGUCAGAUCGAAGAGUGCACCAUUCUGAGGGGGCCUGACGGGGCCAGCAAGGGUUGUUCCUUUGUGAAGUUCUCCUGCCAUGCAGAAGCACAAACUGCCAUCAACAACCUACACGGAGGCCAGACCAUGCCGGGGGCCUCGUCGAGCCUGGUGGUAAAGUUUGCGGACAGCGAUAAGGAGCGCACACUGAGGAGGAUGCACCAGAUGGCCGGGCAGCUGGGAAUCUUCAGCCCCAUGACCAUCCAGUUCGGGGCCUACGGAGCUUACACUCAGGCGCAGCUAAUGCAGCAACAGGCAGCGCUGAUGGCUGCAGCACAGGGGUCCUACCUGAGCCCCAUGGCCGCGAUCACUGCUGCACAAAUGCAGCAAAUGGCAGCUUUCAACAUCAACGGCUUAGUGGGAGCCCCCAUGACACCCUCCUCAGGCACCAGCACCCCUCCAGGGAUCAGUGCCACUGCUGUGCCCAGCAUAGCGACGGCCAUCGGGGUGAAUGGGUUCAGUGCUCUCCCACCCCAGAGCAACGGGCAGCCAGCCUCCGAGCCGAUCUACACCAAUGGGAUCCACCCCUACCCAGCACAAAGUCCCACUGUGACGGACCCCCUGCAGCAGGCUUAUGCAGGCGUUCAGCACUACGCAGCAGCCUACCCAGCAGCCUACGCUCCGAUCAGCCAGGCAUUUCCACAGCAAGCAGCCAUCAUUCCCCAACAACAGAGAGAAGGGCCAGAGGGCUGCAAUCUGUUUAUCUACCACCUGCCCCAGGAGUUCGGCGAUGCGGAGCUCAUGCAGAUGUUCAUGCCGUUCGGCAACGUCAUCUCUGCCAAGGUGUUUGUGGACCGGGCCACCAACCAGAGCAAAUGCUUCGGUUUCGUCAGCUUUGAUAACCCAUCCAGCGCUCAGGCAGCCAUCCAGGCCAUGAAUGGCUUUCAGAUCGGCAUGAAGAGGCUAAAAGUGCAGCUCAAGAGACCAAAGGAUGCCAACCGCCCAUACUGACCCCUUCAUGCUUCAACCAGGUAGGGCAGCUCCUCAACCGCCCAUACUGACCUCUUCAUGUUUCAACCAGUUAGGGCAGCUCCUCAACCGCCCAUACUGACCCCUUCAUGCUUCAACCAGUUAGGGCAGCUCCUCAACCGCCCAUACUGACCCCUUCACACUUCAACCAGUUAGGGCAGCUCCUCAACCGCCCAUACUGACCC